AUGUCCCAGCAAGGUGUAGUGGCAAUUGCAGCCGCGGCAGCAUCUUCGCCAGGUGUAAAGAACACUGUGCUGCUUGAUUCUUUAGACUGCAAGAUCCUUCAAUACCGGUAUGGCCUGACGAAAUUGGACAAGAUGAUACGAGAGGUCCGGUGUUUAAAAAUCAAGGCCAAAAUGAAACAGUUUAUCCCGAAUCAGCACUAUAUCAUGCUUUUGUCUGGAAAUGUCUUUAACGUUCAGGAACAGCUCUUGACAAGGCUUUCAUUGCUGGUCAAUGAUCGAUCGUUCAAUAGUAAUCAAGUCAUAAACCCACCCGUUGUAACAAAACCUAUCAAUUAUGAUGUUAUUGAGAACUUAAACGAUCUUACCGUAUCUGCGAAACCACCCAAUUUGAAGGACUCCUUACAAUCAUUAGAUCUGUUUGAGAAUCUCUGCAUGAACGCCGUUCAAAUUUAUAAUAAAAAGAUUGCCCAAGCAACUAAUGAACGCAAUGCUCUAAGGACGCCUGACAUAACCGGAACUCCUGUUGCUAUGGAUAUUAAACAGCUGGAAGAUUUAAUGCUCCCAUUAGAACUCUCCAUCAUUCCAAAUCUGAUCACUACCAAUAAUAGAACGCAGACAACACAGGAAUCAAUUGACAUUGCCUUGCGAAAUUUUGAAAUUUACUUAGUUGGCCAGGUAGUUCCCGCCAUUGAACGAUCUCUCAAUGCUCUGGGCACAUUUAUUAAACAGUUAGAAACGAUCAAAUCUGUCAACCAACUAGUCAAUACUCCUCACCAUCAAUAUCUCAACCACAGGAUUUUCAUCACACUAUUGAGACUUGCUGAUCUCUAUUCAAUCAUGAGAAAAAUUGGAUCUCGUAUAGCUGCUCAUAACUAUGAGAAUUGGACAACUCUGCUCAAAUACAAUAACGCUUUGAAAAAACCAAUCAUUGAAGCCGAUGUCUUUUUCAACCAAUCCAAGAAGAACGGAAUAUUAUUGUCUCUUAUUAACAGACUAACAAGGCAAGGUUGCGUUGAACCUGUUCGUGUGAGUACUGCGAUAGAGUAUUCCAAAUACUCUGUCGAUUGUUACAAUCUUGUGAGGAGCGUCUAUUUGGUGUUGGAGAAGAUCAAUAUUCACUGGGGUCCGACGGUAGAGUUAUCUCGUAAGAAAAUCACCUCUUCUCCAAUUGAAAGUUCUCAAGUUGACAACAAAAAGACAAGUGGAGUUAAUAGUAUUACAAGUGAUUUGGAGUCAUCGAGACUUGGAUCCCUAAAGGAAACGGCUGAUUCUACCCCUCGCAUACAAGUCUCAGAGCAUUUAUCCCAACCUGAUUCUGCUGUCCCUGCAAAUAGAUCUAGAUCUUCCUCCGUUAACUCAGCAAGCUCUACAUUAAGUAGGACGUCUUCCUUAGGUAGUCGAUUGUCUCCACAAUUGCAAAGAAAUGGUUCCAUCACCAGUCAAAACCGCCGUUCAUUAGCUGUUCCUGAUUCAUGGACGUCCCCCACACCAUCUGCAAACUCCAAUCCCAACAAAAGUCCCCUUUCUAGAAGACAUUCCGUCAAUCUAAGCUCUCCUAGAUCUAAACUAUCGCCGACACCGUCUGCAGUUGUUGCUUCUAAAAGUGCAACUUUGGCCAAAAAGUCGCCUUCAACGUCUCCAACACCUUCACCGACGCGGAAAGACCCUGUUAAAGCUCCCUUGUCUAACCAAAUCAAGGAACAAGCAAAGCCGCUGACGGCCCAGCAGAGACUUCAACAACACAUUCUCAAUGGCUCGAAACGAGGAACAAUUCAAUCCAAGCCAUUCAAUGAAUAUUCUCAAAAUUAUGACCCUAGGAAUCACAAAAGUGCUAGCAAUGGUAGCAGAAACAAUUCAUUCCAAAGUGCAUUGGAGAAUCCGAUUUCAAGCAGGAAUAGUUCAAUCCAAAGUAGUAGAAACAAUUCGUUGAGAGAGAACAUACAAAAAACUCCUUCCAAUAGUAUUUCUAACGAGCCCGCUACCACAAGUAAUAAUGGAACUGUAGCUAGACGAGGUAGUAUUUCCCGGAAACCAGAUAUACACAUUACCAGUAUUAAUGAGGAUACGGUGCACGAGAAGUUUCAAGAGAAAGCAUCACAAACAGCAAGCAAGGCUAAAACGACAUUAACUGCUACAAGAGGCCGUUCCCGAGCUAGUUCAAAUGUCAGCAAUAAAAGCUAUGAAACGGUUGGUAACUUGGAGGUCGUGAAAUCUGUUUUAUCUAAUGAUGAUCUCACAAACAAGAAGGUGAGGUUUACCGGUGUUCCUGAGUAUUCGGAAGCAGAAGACAAGCCAUCAGUAAACCAAAAUCUUAAACAAUUUCGCCAGUUUGUUUCUAGAGCUCCUGGACUUGGUGGAGUCAGAAAGAAAGAAAAGAUGUUGACUGCUCAGGAGGGUCUAGCUUUCAGAAGACUUCAUGGUAAAGAAGAUUAUGAUUUUGAAGGUUUCAGCAGAGGUGCAGAUGCAGUCUUCCCCGUUGACGCUAAUGGAAAAGUUUCAAUGAUGAGUGCCAUUAACCAACCUACAAACCGAAAAUCAAAGUUUGGUAGAUUAUUCAAGAAAGGGUCCCCAGCAUAA